UAAUGAUGAUAUGUGCCUGAUACGCGCGUAUGACAAGAAUACGACUUUGUAACUAGAACGUUUUCAGUAAGAAUAGUAUAGUACAGGGUCAUAUUAAGGAAAGGUAUAUUUGGAUGUGAACUAAAAUUUGUUCGAUGGAGCCAAACCGCACGCUGGAAUGCAGUUGUUCACAAAUCAAAAUCUUUGCUCAUUGAUAUAAAUUUGCUCUAAAAGCGAAUUGUUUCGCAUUCACCAAAAUCACAUCCUACACACUUAACUAUUCAUUUGGAGUUCGGUAAAAUAAAACACCGAAUAGAAUCGGUAAUGAAAAAAAUACAGGUAGUUCCGCGAUUUUCAAAAUAAAAAUCAUGUUUCAACGAGUUCUGUAAUUUUUUUUACGGAACUGAUCGGUACCACAACUCAUUACCGAGAUCUGUAAACUGACUUACCGAACCUCCGGAAAAUUACACACAAUGUGAAGACGUUUGUUGGAUACCGCCAUUUUUAACUUGCUCUUUCUCCAUUUUGUUCGCAAUUAUUCCGCCACGCAGCACUACUCUGUUCUAUUUGCUUUUGCUCAGUUAAAAUUAAAAAAAAAAUCGUGAUGGAAGCACUACUUCAACACAUUCAGGAGCAUGACGAACGUCUAGUAAAGAUAUUCAAAAAUGAAGAAAUUGACAAUAUGUAAACGUUCUUGGCACUAAGCGAACGCGAUUUCAUUAGACUCCAACUCACUACAAAAAUGAUCAAGUUUAUCGAAAAGCUACAAAGCCAACAUCGAGAAAAUAAAGACUCAGAGCUUGGUAUCGAAGAGUGGAUUGAAGAGGAUUGUUCCCUCGAUGAAACACACGAUGGCAGGGAAUUGGAUGAAGUAAAACAAGCUUGGAACACUGAAGAUCCCUACAACGGGAUAAGUCUGGAAGAGACUAUCCACAUCGACCGAAUUCUUGAGCGAACCCAGGAUGGCUCAGUUAUAAUAGAGCAACUAAAACAAAAUCAAAGACCAAAAGAAACCCUGAUUAAGAGGAUAAAUUCGAUCCUUUGUGAAUCUCUGAGAUCAUUAUAUGGCUGCCGUCCUAAUAAUUUCUAUAAGAACCAGAUUGCUCUUUCGCUUGUUCAGUCGUAUCCAGCGUUAGCUUCGACUACGGAUGUACCUCAGGCUUUAUGGUUUCACGCGCAUGCCAGAGGGCCUAAUCGCCAUGCUGGGCGAAUCCAUUAUCGAAUGGAAUAUUUGGCACGAAAAUCAGAAGAACGGGUGAUUAAACGUCGUCGGACCGGGGAUAUUAUAUCGAGUUCCAUCGCACCGAUUUUGCCUCCGAACGAGCACGUCAGCGAUGACAGCAUUCAGGAAUCGCUCCUGGAACUUAAAUUCAUCGUCCCGACUCAACAAACUAAAGCCCGUAUUGUAGAACUCUGGAGCAUUACAUUUAGCAGUCGACAUCACUCCCGCGGACUAAACCAGGUUGUCGAUCUCAUGGAAAAUUUUCCGGUACUCACUGCGUAUAAUGGAGAACUUAUCACUCUUGAUUAUAUGAAACUUCGGCCAACAACGUCAAUAUUCUUUGAAAAAUGGGAUGCACUUGAGGAGAACAUCCUCUAUAAGCACAAUCAGCUGUUUUGCGAACUUAGUCACAGAGAUGCCAGUAUAGAUUUUGUGCGAGCGCUUGCUAUUAUUAGACAGAAGAAUCCGUCUCGAGGAUCGAAAAGGCAACUGGGCGAAUCAAACCGAGUUAAUCCACUGAACGGCAUCAUCCAAUGGAUCGGGGCAGAAGAUGAUCUACCGCGAGGACAGUUUUCUACUCCAGUAUUGUUUGUUCGUGGUGCGUUUUCGGAGAACUCGGAUGAUUGUACCCUUUCCUUUCGGGAUCAUGAACAACAGGAACAAAGUUCUUGCACGAUAUGGGAUGCACUUGAGGAGAACAUCCUCUAUAAGCACAAUCAGCUGUUUUGCGAACUUAGUCAUGAUUUUGUGCGAGCGCUUGCUAUUAUUAGACAGAAGAAUCCGUCUCGAGGAUCGAAAAGGCAACUGGGCGAAUCAAACCGAGUUAAUCCACUGAACGGCAUCAUCCAAUGGAUCGGGGCAGAAGAUGAUCUACCGCGAGGACAGUUUUCUACUCCAGUAUUGUUUGUUCGUGGUGCGUUUUCGGAGGACUCGGAUGAUUGUACCCUUUCCUUUCGGGAUCAUGUGAUGCCCGUCGGCACAGAUUUGAGAUCUGCUUUUAAAAUUCUCAUAGAGUCUUUCACCGUGUUUAAUAUUACUCCAGCGCCAUCGGAUAAACAGUUUUUCCUAUUUAUCAACAGUGUCGUUCUUGGAAUAGGUGCUCUAGGAACAACAGGAACAAAGUUCUUGCACGAUAUGGGAUGCACUUGAGGAGAACAUCCUCUAUAAGCACAAUCAGCUGUUUUGCGAACUUAGUCAUGGUAAAUAACAGAGUUGAUAAUAGAGUUACGCAGAGAAUUUGGUAGUAGCCAAUGCGGUAUAUAUAGGUGUGGCAGAAUACACGUUUUGCUAAUGUUGGCAACCAAAAAUAUGUAAACAAUCCAGAAGCACAACGGGUCGACGUCAUAGCAUUCACACGAUU